AUGACUCCUAAGGCUAAGUUGGCCGAAUCUGGCGUCGGUUCGAGCCGUCUGGUAAUGAGUAUCAAGAUGGCACAACAAGGGAAGAUAUACUUGCAGACUCAGGAGGCCUCUAUCGACUUUGGAAGUGGACAUGAGGCUCAUUCAGAAGUAGCACCUCCGCCAUAUGUUGAUGAUUCUGCGAUGGGUCCCUCAUUCGUUGCUUCUAGUGAGCUUGUAGCGUCUGAGGAGCCCGGGGCUGCGCCUUCCCUUGUGUUUGACGGAACGCGUGAUUUGGUGGAAGGCAGUCAGCACACCGGCCGGCAUUAUUUAUUGGCAUACAACAUAACAGGGCUCACUUCUUACCCCCAGAGCCCGGCCCCACCACCCCCUACUCUACCGGAUUCACCACCUGGCCCGAUACCACAAUCAUUGGAUCAGCUCAGUGAUCAUGUGUUCCCAGGGAAUCUAUUCUCUACAUGGACACCAUGCGUACAGGAACCUGAAUGGGAUAAUACAGAAGGGCAGUUGCCGUUGGUAUGCUUGAAGACAAGCAUGACAUACUUGCGAACUGAAUCGGUCCUAUUGCGACUUUAUUCGUCCAUCAAUUUGUCACCCGAUAAAAAAGUUAAAUUCCGGGGAGAGACAUGGAUUCCUCUGGCGAAGAUAUACGAAGUGAAUGAGUGGGGUCGUAACGCUACGAGCUCGGCGAAUUCGGAUUCGGACCAAUCAGCGUCCAACCAGGGCAACUCGCCGCCUUUUAUUGAACGAACGAUGACCCAGAAGCUGUGGAAUCAUGGUCGUCACGUGGGACUAUUGACGAUGCACUUCCGUAUCACAGCAAUGCCACGAUAUAGGCAGCUAGCGGCUGGAGUUCAUAUCGGUAAUGGUUUCAUAGCGAGAACCUCGGCUAUAGUCCGUGACACACGGCCUGGAGCAGUUAUUGGUGGAAAUCAGAGCCCUUGUGAUGAUGCGGCAUUGAAAAGAAUGCCUGAUAAGCUUCGUAGGGUGUUCUAUCUGAGUGAGCGAUUAUUGAGCCCUAAUGAAACGAAACCAUUUGGUGAGAGUCAGAAGACGGAGAAGCUAGUUUUGGAGCUCGCUGACGCUCUCAGCGUUUCUG